AUGGAGGACGAGAUACAGCGGUUUGACGCGGAGGUCGACCGGUUCCAAACCGGGGAACUGGACAACACCGUGUUCACGCCUUUCCGGCUCCGCCAGGGAGUGUACGGCCAACGGCAAGCCGAUGUGCAGAUGAUCCGGGUGAAGCUGCCCGGCGGCAUCAUUUCGGCGGACAUGCUGGACUGUUUCGGUGACAUCACGGAGAAGUACGCGCCGCUGAAGAAGGGACAUAUAACCACGCGGGAGAACAUCCAACUACACCACAUUCCACUGGAGCAGACAUCCGUAGUGCUGCGCCUCCUGGGAAGCGUGGGGUUGUCCACCCGAGAGGCGUGCGGGAACACGGUGCGCAACGUAGUUGGGGCGCCGACAGCCGGCGUGAGUCCGCAGGAAGUUUUCGACCCGACGCCGUACCUGACGGCGUACGUUCGGUUCGGCGUGCGUCACCCGAUCACGCAGGGUUUCCCCCGCAAGUUCAAGUCGGCGUUUACCGGCAACGACCAACGGGACGAGGUGGCGGCAGCGAUCCAGGACCUGACCUUCGUGUCCCAAUUCAACGAAGUGGACGGCGAGCAACGCAAGGGGUUCAAGGUUUACUGCGGCGGCGGUACGUCGAUCAUGCCCCGGCUGGCCAAGCCGCUGUACCAGUGGGUGUCCGAGGAUGACUACCUGCGUGUUGCCCUGGCGGUUUGGACCGUGUUCAACAACGCCGACAUGCUCCGCAAGAACCGCAUGAUGGCGCGGCUCAAGGUGCUGAUCGAUCGCAUCGGGCUGGACGAAUUCCGCGACAUGGUGGACGCCGAAUUGGCGAACAUCGGGCCCAUCGAUUUUCGGUCGUUGAUGACUGCCGAGGAAAUCCAGCGGGAAGACCCGCCGGCGCAACCGCCAGCAGGGAACGGCGACCUCAGUGACCCCGAGUACCAGGCUUGGCUGGAAGCGAAUGUAGAGUCACAACGGCAGGACGGUUACCACGUCGUCUACAUCAAGACGGUGCGUGGAGACCUGACGCCGGAGCAGUUCCACGGGCUGGCCGACAUCGUCCGGAAGUACACUGGCGGCAAGGCGCGAACCACACAGGAGCAAAACCUGGUGCUGCGGUGGGUGCCGGCCGGUUACCUGCACGACGUCUGGGAAGCAUUGAACGGACUGGAGUUGGGCGAAGCCGGGCAUAGUCACAUCAGCAACGUGGUGUCCUGUCCGGGAACCGAUAGCUGCAAGCUGGGCAUCACCGCAUCCAUGGGAUUGGCCCAGGCGCUCCGUAGCGAGAUGGCGGACUGGAACGGCCUCGCCGAGGACAAGGGCGUGGGCGAUAUCCGCAUCAAGAUGAGUGGAUGUCCCAAUGGUUGCGGGCUGCAUCACAUCGCCAACAUCGGGUUCCACGGAGCGGCGGUGAAAGGCGUGGAUGGGAAGCAGAUUCCGUCCUACGAGUUGUUCCUGGGCGGAAAUUACGGCGACAACCAGGUGGAGGAUUCCCGCAUCGGGACGCGGGUGCCGAAGGUCAAGGUGCCGGCCAAGCUGGUACCGUCGGUGUUGAAGGACAUCGUCACGUACUACAAGGACCAUCGCGCCGACGCAACCGAACGGUUCAACGAUUUCCUGGACCGGGUGGGCCUGGAGGAAAUGACCUCGGUGGCGGCGCGCGCCCAAGAGGUCGGACACGAGGCACAAGGCGGCGGCGAGAUGUACUUCGACUGGGAACGGACCGACCAGUACGUGCUGGAGCGCGGCGAAGGCGAGUGCGCGGUUUAG